CACCCAGGUGAUUUGUGUUGUGACCCCCUCUUAAGGUAUGCUGCUUAGUCUCAUCUGAUUUUACGCUAGUAAACUUCAUGUUGUUCCAUAGUAAUCGGUGAUCGCCUUAUAUACCGUCAUUGUUUUUUUCUUCAUAAAUACGUGGGAUUCCACGUUUAAAGUGGUCGGCCGGACGAGUUUUAUUGGUAAAACAAUGAUAAGUCGACAACCUUAGGCGAAUUCGGGAGUGAGUGUAAGGUUAAUCAAUUCAGAAUGCAGCCUUCGUGUGAAAGCUCUAAAACAUAAAGUAAUAGAAUCACAGAUUAGUAAUUUUAAAUGUUCACUUUUCAGUAAUAAGGACAGGUCUAUCGACCUAUGUUAAUCCUUGAAGUUUGUAACACUGUGGAGGUCCAAUAUCGUUUUGAAUAUAUCGAAAGAAUGUGGUAUUACGUGUUCUGGCAGAAAAUUCCAGUAGUUCACUACUCAGUGCAAGAAACGAAACUACAGAUGUAGACAAUUUGAUCUCGGUUUUUGAGCUUUCUUAUUGUUGUUAGUGUUACAUAUCGAUAAGUUGAGCUAGAGUUCAUAGUUGUGCAAUAUGUACGGACACUUAAUCUUAGCUUUGUAUCUUUUAACAUUUAACUCUUAGCACUAAAGCUUCUGAACACUAACUUAAAACCCCUAUACUCCCAACGUAAACACAUUUGGCUCCAUGUUCAUCAUGUUUGGUUCUACCUUCUAUUUCCAGACUGCAUUUUCCUCAUCAUGUUUGUAUCUAAUUUUGGGAGAUUGUUGAUAGAGAGAGCACCAGUUCCAGAAUUGACAACCUGAGUAGAGUACAUAAGACUUUAGCCAGAUGACUUUUAUCCUCGGUCGUGGAAUAAAUGCAUAUAGUGAAAACAGUAGUGAUGAAAAAAUAUUCUGUCAGCAGUAUGGUUCAGGCUGAAAUGAGGAAUCCUUUGUUGACCCCAUCGACCUGGCAAGUGUUCACCUUCAUAUAUAAACUGGACUUUACAUAUAUAUAUCCUUAACAAGUAUAUGUGUGAUCAGAUUGCUCGAAACGUAUUGCGCUAAUAUAUCACACAGUUCCAAUGAUCUCCAUCUUCUUAUUACACUAUUCGAAUUUGUCAAAGGAACUAAUUGCUUAUAAUGUUGUACUAACCAUUUUGGUUAAGAAACUGGAGUCAGUUAUUUCAAACAAUCUUAACGGGACUCUAGCUUCCUACCAGAAUGUAUAGUACCAUAACAAUAUAACCGCAAAUAUACACAGGAUAGUUCUCGUCAACAAACGAUUCCUCAUUUCAGGCAGAACAACAGAAUAUUUUUCAUUGCUAUUGUUAUCAAUAUAUGCAUUAAUUCCAUAUUAGCCUGUUUUACCAAUAAAUUUUAAAUACACGUUUGCAUAAUUUCAUCAAAUUCUUUUGUCAUCAAGUUAGGUUUUUAGUCGUAGCCUUUAUUGAGUUUUGAUUUCUGACCGGAUUUUCCAUCCUUCAAGACGACUUAUCAGCGAUAAGCAUUGUCACAUCGCUGCAAGUUCAUGACACGUCCUCACUCUCGUGUUUUGGCCAUCGCGUUUGUCAUAGUCAUAUGUAUCCUGUUGUCUACCUACAUAUAUAAUGUUUGUGAGUAAAUUUUAUUAACACAUAUGCCUUAGAAUCAUAAAAGGAGCGUGAACAUUGUUAGACGUAGAGGUUUUUCUUCUGAACUGCAAUACUUCGGUAAGAGUUACAAGGUUUUAGAAAGGUAUUUUGUUUUCUAUUCUUUGUUUGUCUACAACUUAUUCAUCAGGCACACUGCUUGUUUAGAAUUCCUUUAAUAUAUUUUCUCUUUGAAUUGGUAAACGGUGCACUUCAUACGUGCUAGACACUGAAAUAAUCAACAUAGUGUAGGGGUAGGUUGGAAGAAAUCUAGGGUCGGCCAGACCAAAACAUGGCACAAAUCCAUAAAGUCGCUGACAAGUGGACUGAGCCAUGUUGGUAGGUGUAGACUACCUGGUUGGGAUCCGCGAGAUGAUAGCAAUCGAUGGUUAGAGACCUUGAAUGACAUGGCUCAAAAUCGUUUGCAAUGGCUCAGGUGCAUCCACUCUCUUUGUUUUCCCAAAUUCUAGUCUUUUGAAUUCUUCAUGUCCUUUUUUUUCUCUUUCCAAAUUUACUUCACUGGAUUAUACUCUUUGAAUAACAUAUUCAAACCCUAAUUUUUCCGAUUACUGCUAAAAAUUUUACUACCUCUACCACUAUGGGAUUUGAAUCGACAACUGCAUCUGUGUGCGUCGACAACUUCUGAUCAGCCCUAAUGGAUUGGUGUCUGACGAAAUCUCAGCACGGAUUCGAGAAGCUCGUUUGGCUUUUGCCAACGUACAUCACCUAUGGCGAAGGCGAGAUAUCCGUCCACCAAUUAAGGGACGAGUAUACUACGCGGCAGUUCGUUUUGUUCUACUUUACGGCUGACAAACGUGACCACUAAGAGUAGAAGAUAUUCGUAAGCUAAUAGUAUUUGACCACAGAUAUCUUGGAAAUAUAGCUCGCAUCUACUGGGAUCACUGAGUAAGUAAUAGUAAGGUUAGACACAGGGUAUUAGGAAAUGAUGGUAAGUCAGUUGACGAAGUUGUGAAUCUUCAUCGACUAAGAUGAUUGGGCCACGUGUUGCGUAUGCCUGAACACCGAUUACCAUGACGCGCAAUGCUGACUAGUGUUGGGGAUGGUUGGAAGGAAGUUAGGGGCGACCAAACCAAAACGUGGCAUCAGUGCUUUAGGUCACCAACUUCUGGUCUGAACCAUGUUGGUAGAUGCUGGCUACUUAGUUGGGGUCCGUGUGACUAUUGUAACCAAUGGUUGGAGACUGAGUGACAUGGCUCAGAAUCGAUCACAAUGGAGUAGGUGUAUACACUCUGUGUUUUCCCUUAAAUCGUGAGAUUACAAUUACUCUAUACCUUUCUAAUUCUUUGUUCCUGAAUUAUAUCCUUAUACACAAUCUUUUAUACAUUACUAUCAUUGAAGUAACUAAUUCUAUGAAUUUGGUGUUCAUCUUGUUGUGCUAAUAAGGUGUGUCGACUUGAACCGACGCAUAUAUGUUCCUGACCCUACGUUGUAGCUGACUGACAAUAAAAAAAACGUACAACCGAGUUAACUUAAUAAUAUUAAUAUGGGAAGAAGAAAAAUUAAAACCUAGCUUAGAAACGUGAUUCUGAUCCUCAAAUAUUUCUUAUAUACGAUAACUACUAGCAGCCGUAACAUGCUUAAAUUAUAAAUGCCUGAAAAUUGUUAAACGUGUGGGAUGGGAACUGCAGUGAUAUUUUGCUCAAGAUUUACAGAGAGGUAGAAGAUGAAUGUAUUUGCGUAAUCGUUGGAGAUUUUAAGCGAUAUUCAUGGAAGGUUUUCAGUCAUUCUUAGCAGUCUUGGCAGUUGCUUCCAGCAGGCUUGCAUUUUCGUACUCGGGCCGGACUAACAUUCACUGUUUCCAUAGAUUAAUGUCAUAUUCUAGUCGAAUAAAUAAAGGCAGUUAUGUCCUAGUAAAUAGUCCACUUUGAUCGUAUUUACUUCAAUUUUAUGUCGAUUCAUUUUUCCUGUUUAACUCGUAUUUUAGAUAUUAGGGCCUCAUCACCGAACUCUACUUGUCGUCAUACAAAACAAAGUCCCAUACUCGUUGUUGACGAACUAGGAUAUCUGUGUAAUUAUUUUAACCUCCUGACAAAUAGUUGUUGCCCGUUUCAAAACUUAACACAGCGCUUUUUUUGUCAUUCAUGCAAAUCUAAUUACUGCUGUUCUAUCUACGAACAUUGUGUUUCUUGCUGCCUCAAUCCAAUUAAUAAAUCCCUGUGGAAUAAAGUUCGGAAUCUUAGUGCUAACUAUAAACGUCAUCUACAAUUAGCUACAGAUGCAUUCGAAUUUUGUAUAGCAGUUUGUAGAACUUCUUCACUAAGUGUCUUGCAUGAAAAUCGGUACCGCAAUUUGGAAGAACUUUAUUGCUUUGGGCUGAAAAGUUCAAAUACUCCAACACACUGAUUGACUUAUCAGUAAAUUUUUAUAGAUUUCAUCAAUAUGUCACUAGAUCAUUGUAAAAAUUUGGCCUACUAUCUACUAACUACAAAUUAUGCUCCAUAUCAAAAUGAAAAGUUGCAACACUUGUUUGGUCAUAUUAAUGAUGAUAAAAGUGGUAAAACACGGAGAAAACCUCUUUCGAAAGCUCCUACUACUGCAAACACCACUAACAGUGUUACUGUCAACAUAUCCUUGCCUGUAUUAUCUAGAAAUACUCAACAAAAGAAACAUUAUAAUUUCUUAAUAAAAAUGCUUAAACGUGACAGUCUCUUGCCAGAAUCACUAUGGAAUAACGUUUAUAAUCAACUAUGUGAUAAUUUUGUUCGUGAAUUAAAUUCUUUGCAUCGGAAUUUUCAUCAACUCACAUCUACCAGUGCAUUUGUUAAUUAUGUUAUUCAAUAUUUGGGACGUUCAUUUAGUAUGAAACAUAAUAUUAUUCAGUUAACCGAUAUUGGAUUAUCAGAGUCAUUUAAACAUAAUAAUAUUGACAAUACUUCAGUGAGUAAUAAGCUUCGUUUAGUUUGUGUUAAAAUAGUUUGAUUAGUUUCUUCAUUGGUUGUAUAGCUUUAAAUGAUCCUAAAUUGUUCGUUGUAUACUUCCAUUUAUUGGUGAUUUUCCUCUUUUUUAUUUAUGUUAUACCUUUAGUUUUGCAAACUAUUUCACAAACUUUUAAAUUUACAAGUGUAUGUAAUUUGUGUACUUGUUUUCUGAAAUGUUUUUUUUUACUUUAUCUAUUCUCAUAAUGCUUCCCAUGUUUAUUUUUAUAGAUCCAGAGAUAUUCUUUUUACAUUUGUUUUCUUUUAACGAUAAAUACAUUUUAUUCCUUAUCCUUACGGAAACUAUGUAUCCGAAAAUUUCUUUUAUCCCUUCAACCCUAAGUGUAUACAUAUUUAUUUUAUUUUAUUUUAAAGUUCCUCUACUGUCUUGGAAAAAUCGACUACAUUUUUUGAUAUUACUAAACAGUAGUAUAAAUGAAUUGGUUUUAUUAGAAGUGAACAUUUUGUUUUAUCAAAGUACUUUGUGCUUCAUUUCCGUUUAAUUUCUUUUUAACUAGAUUUCAUUGUUAGCAAAACACCUAAAUUAGAUUUGAAUUAUGAAUUUAUCUCGUUGAAGUAUCACGUUUUAAAUUAGUCAGUAAGCCACAAAGUAAAACCUGUACGUAUGUACAUCGGUUCAAGUUGUCAUACCCCAAUAGCACAGAGGGAUGAAGUCAGGCCAAAUCCCGGAAUAGUAGAGGUAGUAACAGUAUCAGAGGUAAUAGGAAAUAUUAGGCAUCGAAGACACUGCUCGUAAAGAAAAUAUAAACUAGCGAAAUGAAAACAGAAAAAAAUUAUGAGGAAUUUAGAAUCUUAGGAAUCGGGGGAAGACAAUAAAUGGAUACACUUGCGCCGUUCCUAACGAUUUUAAGCCAUGUCAUUCAAAGUCUCUAACCAUUGGCUACAAUAAUCACGAAGACCCUAACCAGAUAGUCCAUACCUACUUACAUGGCCGAGUCCAAUUUUCAUUGACCGAUGCCCUGUUUUAUUUUGGUUGCCCUCAGUUUUUUUCCAGCCUAGUCCUGCACCAGAAAACAUUGCCCGUCAAGAUAGGCGGUGGUUGGGUAUACGAAACACAUCCCAGCCACCUCAGUUGAUCACGAUUUACUACCUCAUCAGUCGAUUUACCGUCCUUACCCAGUACUCUACUCCUAGACCAG